GGUACGAUGACUACAUGUUAUUAUGAGGCGUACGGUAGUGUCCAGUCUCCCGCCACCUCUAUCACCCUCACCUGAAGUUCACAGUAGAGAACAGUCUUUGGGAACGUGUCAACAUGGAUGGUAUUACCGCUCGUAGGAAGGCUAAAGUAGCUGCACAUGAAGCCAUUAAGAAACAGGCUGACGUAACUGGUGAGAGAGAGGCGUACCAGUUACAUGGUGUUGCCCGGAGGAAAACUGUACUGGAAGUACAGGAGGCUGGUACAGAAAUGAUUACACGUAAAGCAAACGUGUUGUUGGAUGCUGAAGUCCUUGAGAGUACAUUAGGUAUGCUCAAAUGUGAUGAUUGUAACGGUAGUGUGAAGGUUUUAGUGAAACCCGUGUGUGUUGAUACGGUGGUGUCAGUGACAUGUGUGGAUUGUAACAAGAUUGUGCUUGAAAUAAAACCCAAAUUAAUGAAUGUGAACAAAACUGAAAAGGAAAAAGACAUAUAUGAAAAUAAUCUAAGUUUAGUAUUAACAUUGGCAAGUCGUGACGUUAGUUAUAGAGAAUUCUUUGAUGCAGCUGAGAGUAUGAAAAUAAGAGGUCUGUCAUACAAGUCAUGGCUCAAACAUUUAAGGUAUAUUCAUAAUGCCUUACUCAAGAAGUGUGAUGUUAUGUUCCUUAAAGCUAGAAGUGCUGUUCAGAUGAUAUAUGGAGAGAUAGGUCGACAUCCAGAUACUGAUGGUAUUUUAAACAUUGAUGUGAGUUAUGAAAGUGCUUGGCUUGAUCAGGGACCUGAGAGAUACUAUGGCGUGGGCGUUGUUAUUGAACUUUACACUGGUAUUGUGUUGGACUGGGAAUUUGUGUCAAGUUACUGCCACGAGUGUAAAGAGAAGAAAGAAGACGAGGUGCAGGGAAGCUAUGAUGAAUGGAAGAGGAGUCAUGAACGUAACUGCAAUAUGAAUUACAAGGGUGAUAGUGACGGUAGGGAAGAAGCAGUUGUCCAGAGGAUGUGUUCAAGAUCUGUAGAGAGAUACCAAGUUAGGUAUGUUGUGUUUAUCACAGAAAGAGACUCUAACGCUUGUGACAAAAUAAUGCAAAUGAACAAUGGACAGGGCCCGUAUGGUGCUAAACAUGCUGUUGUCAAAGAGGAGAGUGUAAGUCAUUUGAGGAAGGAACUGGGUGCAGCUCUGUAUAAGGUAAGGGAUGAAAUGAUUAAAAUGAAAUGCCCAGAGCUGACUAAAGAAGUUAUUGGGAAUAUUCAGUCCCAUUGUGAAAUGUCGGUGAGACAAAACUUAGGAAAAUCACGAAAAGAUAUGAAGAGAGCCAUUUUUUCCUCAUACUUUCACUGCACGGCCGUAGAUGACACACCUGAUCGACACCAGUUUUGCCCGCAAGGCCCAGACUCACUGUGUUUUUGGCAGAAGGCGCGUGCAAGGAAUCAGACCCCACCACCACAUAGAGAGGCAAACAUGUUCACUAACUUCUUUGACCUUACUGAUGAAAUUAAGGACAAAAUAACUCAUAUCUAUGGGAGGCUCGCCGAUGAUGAUUAUCUAAUCCAUUGUCGCUUAGUAAAUACACUGACUAGCAAUAAGACUCUCCUUGGUUGGGUUUGGCACAGAUGUGGAAGAGAAAGAUACAGGAGAUUAGAAAUGUUGCAAUUUGCAACAGCACUGACCUGUCUUGAGUGGAAUAUGGGCUAUACAGAAGGGGGCCUACAUAAGGAGCUGGGGUUGAAGUACACACCGCACACAGCAAGAAUGAAGGAAGUCAUGGAGAGAUCCAGUGUAACAAGAUAUCAGAAGAAGAAAUGCAUACAAAAAGAGACUUUGUUGUCCAGUGAUGAGCUACAGACCGACGAUGCUUCUUCUAAAAGUGAGGCAACCAUG